AAACAGACUACCCGCGCAUCCCCGCGCCCCAACCCUUCACGGGGAACAUGGCACCACGAGCACCCAAACCCAAACCCGACGAUGCCGACCCCUUGAAGCCCAAGACGGAGAAGGCGAAGGUGGAGAAAGUAAAGCCUGAGAAGACCGCAAAGGUUGAGAAGAAGGAGAGCGUCAAGGGGAAAGCCGAGAAGAAGGAGAAGGGGGAGAAGACAGACAAGGGAGAGAAGACCAAGGCUGUCACGGGGGAUGAGGCGAUGGAGCUGAUCGCAGCAUAUCUGAAAGCACAGAAUCGACCAUAUAGCGCGACGGAGGUCAGCGCCAAUCUGCACGGGAAAGUCACCAAGACGGUCGCGGACAAGCUGCUGAAGGAGAUGGAGCAGAACAAGCAGAUCAUGGGCAAGGCCACGAAUGGCGAUAAGAAGGGCAGCCAAUGGGUCUUCUGGGCCUUACAAGAUCCCUCAGACGCUGCCACGCCCGACGAGCUAGCCACCAUAGACAGCGCGAUCAGCCAUCUCCGCGCCUCGCUCCCCUUGCUCAAAACACGCUUCCGGCUCGCAAGCACUAAACUCUCCGCUCUGGCCGCGGCUCCAACAUCAUCCGAGCUCUCGCGCACGGUCGAGCGACUGCGGGCGGAAAUCGAAGAGAAGCGAUCAAGACUGGAGGGGCUGCGGAGCGGGGAUGCGAGACCGGUUACGAGGGAGGAGGUGCAGCGGGUGGAACAGGAAUAUGGGUAUUGGGCCGGGAGAAGAAGGGCGAGGGUCAGGGCGUUUGAGAACCUGGAGGAGCUGUUUCUCGUGGGGAUGGAGAGAGGGGAGCUUUGGGAGAGGGCGGGGAUUGAGGGGGAUGUGGAGUGAGGAGGGGGAUGGUUGGCAUGGUUGGGAUGGGGGAAGUUCGUAUUUUUUGCCCCCUUUUCUUUCAGAAAAAGGGGGGAGGGUUCAGGAAUGCGAGGAGAGAGUGCUACAGUAGGUGUGUGGAGUUGUAUUUGGGGGUUUGAUCCUAUCUAUCAAGAGAGAGAAGAGGGCUUUGCUGUGGCUAUAUAUAUCAUUGACGGCUCUGUUUCUCUUGCAAAUAGGUAGUCAAUUGUGUG